AUGGACGAGGAAAUGAGAACAAUAGAAGUUAAAAAGACAGAAUUCUGCAUUGUCUUCUGGAUUGGAUUACUUUUAAUGCCAAUUUCUAUUGUAUUUUGGGUCGGAUUUCUCAAAAAGAUGGAUAUCGUAAAUUUCGACUCAUAUACAAUGUCAACAGAGCCAGAUAGUAUCAAUAAUGGCAAUGCACAAAAUGAUAACAUUCUUCUUUUCAAUCAAACACAAUUCGUUCUUAAUUACGUUUCAGAUUCUGGAGUUGAAGAAUAUAUAUUUGCCCCAGUAUGGUAUAAAAUUUCAAGAUCUACUAACUACUUACUUCCUAGUUUACUUCAUUAUAUUUUAUUCAUCAAAAAGGGUAGUAGAUCAGGUCAAAAUUCAUACUUCACACGCAAUUUCACAUUACCUUCUUCAUACUCUACACUUGCAUACAAUAUUACUUGGAAUUCUUCACGAACAAAUAAUCAAAUAUCACAAGACUUCGUUUUUCCUAUUUAUAGAACGCUUGUUGACCAGAACGACCCUUAUAUAGUAACUAGAGAAAGACUUACAAAAAUCAAAAUGUUCAGAACACCUGGUGUUGAAGAUACUCCUAUGUCUGAAGAAGGUUUAGUUGUUGAAUAUACUGAUUAUACUGUAACAUCAUCAUAUAAUGUACUCAUGGAAAUAUAUGACUCCGAGGGCAUGGUUAACUAUUCUUUUCCUGGAUUAGAGGAUUAUACUAUUGCUGGUAUUUCCAUUAUUCUGCUUUUCAUUGGUUUAAUCAUGGUUUUGAUUUUCUUGUGGCAUUGGUGGAGUGUCAAAUAUAUUAUUAUUCAAAAUGUUAUUAAGAAAUGCACAACUCACCAAAGAUAUUACUAA